GUCUGCAAUUUGAGACUAAUCGCUAAGCCUGUGUGUGUACGUCUACGUACGUACGUACGCGUACUCAACUCAAUCGCAUCGCGAGUGUGGUGGCUAGCGCUAAAGCCGUGAUACCGCGGGAAGUUUCUGAAUUAAAAUACCGGAAUUCCUGCCGAUUCUGAUCCUGUGAAUAAACAAUAUUUCGAUUUCUCAUAUUGAAAAUAAAUGUGCAGGAAUGAAUGGCGGAUGUACUAGUAACAACGGUCGAGCCCAGGCGCCAGAUCUCAAGUUUGAUCUCAAUUCUUCAGAUAGCAGACUCUGGUUUUCCAACUGGAGCAUUCUCACAUAGUGUUGGAUUUGAGGCAGCCAUGAAGCAAGGUCAUAUCUAUGACCAACAGUCCUUCAAGAACUUCAUCGUUGGGGCGAUGGAAAAUGCAGGGUCGUUUAAUCUACCGUUCGUCAGAGCUGGAUAUGAGAUGAGUGAGAAUAUGACAGCGAUCAUCUCCUUGGAUCGUUACUGUGAUGCCUGUAUUACCAAUCAUGUUGCUAGCAGGGCAAGCUCACAACAGGGAAGAUCCCUCAUAUUAACAUCUAGUGAAACAUUUCCUGAUCAGCGGAUCAAAAACCUUAUGAACUCAAUUAGUGAACCGGGGAUGAAGGGCCAUCAGGCACUUAUGUUUGGCUGUCUGUGUGCCUAUUUAGACAUCCCUGUCAGAGACUGUUUAGAAGUGUUCAUCUUCAAUAUUCUUAAGAUCCUUUGUGUGAGCGUGGUGAAGCUGGGGCACAUUGGACCUUUACAGGCCCAAAGGAUUCAAUAUGAACAUCAAAAGAACAUUGCAAACAUUGUAGACAGGAAUCUUGAUCGUGGCGUUGAGGAGAGCUGUAUAUCUUUCCCACUCGCUGACAUUUUUCAGAAUACCCAUGAUACACUCUUCUCAAGACUGUUCUGCUCAUGAUGCCAUCGGAUGACCCAUGCUGCAGCUUAAGAAAAAAGAUGGUCCAUGCUGCAAAUUUCUUUUAUUUUUGACCAUUUUGUAAACACAUACAUUUCAGCUAUUGGCUGCUGUAUGUGUAUUGUUGUUUCUGAAAUGAAUAAAUCAUGAAUAUAUUAAGAAAAAAGAUCUCCCGUGCUGCAACUUAAAGGAGAAUGAAACUGUUGGAGCAAGUUAGCUUUUGCGAAAGCAGAAAAAUCAAAGAAUAAGAUCAUAUACUAUAACAAUGUCCAAUGUUGAUACGCGCUUUUGUCACAGUGCGCCAAAAUGACGCCUGUUGCCAUGGUUAAAACAGUGGACUCAUGAAUAAAAUACCAUGAAUAACCAAGUAACCAUGGCAACGGGCGUCAAUUUGGUGCACUAGACAAAAGUCUAAGUAAACAAGACAUCAGAUUACGGACCAAUGUGUUCUAAUUACUGAUUAGCAUGACCAAGAGAGGGCAGGAAUUAAUUACAUUUUUAGAAAAGGCGAUUCCAAGAAACAUGAAUAUUUAAUAGUGUAUGGUUGUCUAUCAAAAAGCACCAUUAUACAGGUUAUCGGGUAUGUCUUCGUGUUGCCCCUGAAGGUGGUCUGGGUUUUUAAAUUCUGUGGUAGAGAGUACUGGGAUGCCAGUGGUCCCAGGGCCUGAGAAUUUAUCAGUAAAUUAUGUGCACGAAGUCCCUUUUGGCCGGGGUCAAGUUCUAGGGUUCUAAAUGGUCUCUGAUUCAAUCUGAGCCUAUUUCAGGGAUCAUUUCCCCGAAAGAUUUGGGGUUAUUUUAUAAUGUAUUGCCUCGACUUGCAUGUACGACAUCAUUCAUAAGAAAUAAUUAUGUCUUGAUGAAGUUUUCAAGAAUAUAAAUACUGUACUCUGCAAACUCUAUUGCAGGGAAAUGCUGCCACAAAGACAGCGAGUUUGAAGCACUUUUUAUUAAAUUUUGACUUUAUGUUAUUUGAACUCUGGCAUCCCUUAGAAUAUCACAGGGUGAGCAAAGCCCACUUCCCCAUGAUUUCUUUGAAAUUUAUUGUUAAAGAUCAACUAUACAGAUGGAAAUGAGAAGAAUCAAGGUUGGUACAUGUGACUGUACUUUUCAAUGAGAAAUAUUGCCAUUUGCAUUCACAGUACAUAAAUGACAACUACUUAUCAUUCCAAUUUAUUUUGUUUUCAACAUUUUAUUGAUUCGGUGCUUGUAAAAAGCCUAUCAAAUUGCCGCAAGUUUAAUCUCAAUUUUAUUGACGAUCAGACAAUAUAUUGUACAACAUGUGUUAUCUACAUCAAAACUAUAUGCAUGUACAUAUCUUAAUAAAUACAGAUUAUCCUCUGGAAA